AUGUUUGUUGCUGUUGCUGAUGAUGAUGAUGAUGAACUUCAAACUGACGAAGAAGGUAAUCCAAUUUGUAUCGUUUGCAAUGAAAAAUUAACCAACGAAAAAGAAUGGGCUGAACACGUCGAAUUUGAACGUUCCAACCUGAAACAAAAUGUUUCUGGGUUAAAAGAACAGAAAAGUGCUUUUGAUCGCAACGUAAAUUCGUCAUUAUUAGCUGACCAAAACAGAAGAAAACGAGAGUCAGAAUUGAAUCGAAUUCGUCUGAAUCAGCAAAAACGACUUGAAUUGAAAAAUACAAUCAUCUCAGAUGCUCAAACUACAACGGGUCGUCCAUCGAAUAGCACUAGUCCAUUUUCAUCUCCAUCUGCUGGUUCACUGAUCAAAAAAGAGGAUGCACCACUGAUCGGAAACACAAAUUACUGUAAAUUUUGUGAGCGACACUAUGAAUACCUCAUCAUCAGCAACAGUUUUGAAGAGCCACGAUGUCAAGAUUGCUUUGCAAAACUUCGUGCUCAAACUAGUGCUCUACCACUUACGAUUACGAGCGCAUCGUUGGAUACAACAGAUUCGUUGUGUGAUGAAAAUGCCGAAACUUCAUCACCUCAGUCGCCGCUUUCCUUAGUCGUUGAUGCCAAGCGAAGCAGAUUUAACUAG